AUGUCCAGUGCCCAAGACAAGAAUCACGCUGAAGCCCUUGAUGUUGACGAAAAGGGACAUUCUGAUCACUUCGAAAAGCAUGACACCCACAUCUUCUCGGCGGUUGACGAGACCGGUACACACAAGAAGAUCGAUCCAGCUGAGAUUAAGCUUGUGAAGAAGCUGGAUUGGAUCAUUCUUCCGAUUCUGUGGAUUAUGUACUGGUUCAAUUACCUUGAUCGCAACGCUAUCACUGUUGCGCGCCUGGAUGGCUUGGAGAUGGAGCUCAAUUUGACUUCUACAGAGUAUCAGACAUGCGUUUCGAUCUUAUUUGUCGGAUAUAUUCUUGGUCAAAUCCCGUCAAACAUGCUCAUGACUCGAAUCCGACCUUCCCUCUACAUGUCCGGUGCCAUGGCUCUCUGGGCCGUCGUGAGCACUCUCACUGCGAUCUGCCAUGACUUCAAAGGCCUUGUCCUCACGCGAUUUUUUCUCGGCGUUACCGAAGCCCCUUUCUAUCCCGGCGCGCUUUACGUCCUCUCGAUAUUCUAUACCAAGAAAGAGAUAGCAACUCGUAUCUCUAUCUUGUUCACAGCCAACAUCUGCGGAACUGCAUUUGCAGGACUCAUUGCGAUUGGCGUCUUUGAAAUGAGCGGUGUUGCAGGUCUUGCCGGAUGGAGAUGGCUCUUCAUACUUCAGGGAAUCAUCACAUUUGUUAUCUCCCUCGCUUCAGCAUUUGUUCUGCCUGAUGAGCCCAUCAACACGCGUUGGCUCACGGAGGAAGAGAGGGUCCUGGCCCAUGAGCGGAUCGCUGCCGAUACUGUACAGAUCCGAACCAAUACGACGACUUUUGCUGGACUUGUCGAUGCCUGCAAGGAUCCUCGACUUUGGGUCCUCGUCUUCAUGCAGCACUUUCACAUGGCUGCUAGCAACUUUAAGAACUUCUUUCCUACCAUCGUGGGAACACUCGGCUUCGACCGCAACACUACGCUGGCUCUAACCUGUCCCCCAUAUAUCGUGUCUGGUAUUGUCUGUAUUGCAUGGGCCACGAAUUCUGGUCGUAGGAACGAAAGAACCUGGCACAUCACCAUUGCGAAAGUGAUGGCUGUUUUUGGCUUCAUACUAGCUUGCACGGUUCACAAUACUGGCGCUCGCUAUUUCGCAAUGUGUGUCUUUGCCAGUGGCGUCUAUGCCUGUAACAGUGUUAUCCUCGGUUGGGUCGCGAGCACAUGCGGUCAGACCAGAGAGAAAAAGGCUAUUUCUCUCGCUCUAGCAAACACCGUUGCCACACUUGGUCCCAUCUACACCCCAUAUCUUUGGCCGAGUUCAGAUGAGCCCAUGUACCCUGUCGCCAUGUCCAGCAGUGCCACCUUUUCUGCUGCCUCGGCUGCCCUAGCUUGGGUGCUUAGAUGGAUGCUCAUCCGUGAGAAUCGCAAGAUUCGGGCUUCAAACAAUGAAGAGAGGCUCUUCUAUGCAUACUAG